GAAUUCGUCGCGCACACUCUCCUCUCUCCCUAUAUAUAAAUACCGCACUCCCAUUCUUCAAUACAAUACCAAGUCUUUUCCUCUACCAGAUUUAACUACAAAGGAAUUGCAGAAGUCUCUCUCUGUUUCUCUAAGCUUUUUUCGUUAUGGCAGAUAAACAGCCUCACUUGAACGGAGCAUUUUAUGGCCCCUCAAUUCCUCCACCACGAUAUAACCACCGCCGUGGAUGCGGCUGCUGCAUUCUGAGCCUGUUCUUCAAGAUCAUGCUUGCCCUCGUCGUCAUCGCUGGCAUUGCAAUCCUCGUUUUCUGGCUUGUAGUCCGCCCAAACAAGGUCAAGUUCCACGUGACCAACGCCAGGCUCACUGAAUUCAAUCUCACCUCAAACAACAACCUCAAUUACAACCUUGCGCUCAAUCUCACCAUUCGGAACCCGAACAAGAAGAUUGGGGUAUACUAUGACGUGAUCGAGGCUCGGGCUUUGUACGAGGACCAGAGGCUGAAAUCUGUUUACUUGCCUAAUUUCUAUCAAGGACACAAGAGCACCAACACCAUCAGUCCUGUUUUUCAAGGGCAGCAAGCUGUGUUCUUUGGUGCUGAUGAGACUGCAGAGUAUAAUCAGGAGACCGUGAAUGGGGUUUAUAGUUUUGAUGUGAAUUUGUAUCUGAGGAUUAGAUUCAAACUGGGAGAUUUCAUAACUGGGAAGUUCAAGCCCAAGGUUAAGUGCGAGUUUCAGGUUCCUUUGAACUCUGCUGAUGGAAGAUUGGCCGGUGGGGUUGAGUCUUCCAAGUGUGAUGUUGAUAUUGGCCGGUGGAUUUGAGUCUUCCUAGUGUGUGAUGUUUGAUCUCUGAGCACUUCUCUUCUUAUUAUAGCAUAUUAUUCUUUUGUUCUGUUAUAUAUGCGGAUCCUGCUGCUGUUGUUUUGAUGUAAAUGAAUAAUGAAACAUAUAGAGGCAUUCUUAUUGGUUUUGUAUAUCUAUAACUGCUGAAAUAUGUUUUGAGAGACUUGGUCUAUCAUUCCUCCUUUUAAUGGAUUCUUUUACACCUUA